AUAGAUACCGCUCUAUCGGAACACUAAUGAUUUUUAAAGAUUUGGGGGAAUCCGAAAGGAAAAAAAACAUGUCGGAACUUUUGGCUUCCCUGGAAACAUGAAACAGCAUCCCAUUGGAACAUGACUUUGAGACUUGAACCACAUUUUUAAAAGAAUAUUUAGCUUAGGCCUAAAUAAUAGAAGACUACAUCAAAGCAGAUUAAUACGCCAUAUUUUUGUUUGUUGAAAAUGUCAAAAGGGACAAAGGUCCCUGGUUAUAUGCAGGGGAAAGGAAGCAGAAAUCCCAGAGGAAUCAUUGGAGACAGGGAGAUCCGGUACAAAUGCUCCCUACAGAACACGAUUCUUGACGUGCUGCGAGGGAGACCGGGCUGGCAGGAAGUCCCAGGUCAAAAUAAUGUACAGCAAAAUGUACAGACUAAUGCAAAGCAACAGGGAACGACACCCCAGUCAUCAAAAUCAGGUCAACAAACCUCUGGCCAGCCAUCAAGCAAUACUGGCAAGGCAGGAUCAGGUACAACCUCAACUCAAGGGACGAUCUCUGGGAACAAGGGAAGUGUAAGAAUUCCCCAACAAGGCCAAGCUACACAAAACACAGUGCCCACAAGAAUGGGUUUUCAAAGCAUUCCUCCUAUCACACGGAACAGUGAUGGGGACUGGGAUUUUUACUGGUGCGAUCGGGAGUGGCUCGCCCAGAAUUACGACACCAUGUUCUUGUACGAACAUCAGAAAAUACUACACUUUCGAAACCACUAUGAGUUGACAAGAAAGAAUUUAAUGGUAAAGAAUCUCAAACGACUGAAGAAACAGACGGAGCGAGAACAAGGCAAAGCUGAAGGACUGAGCUUUGAGUUCUUUCCAACAACCUAUGAACUUCCGUCUGAAUACCACAUAUUUGUUGAGGAGUUCAAGAAAAACCCUGGAAUUAUUUGGAUUAUGAAGCCUGCUGCUAGAGCCCAGGGGCGUGGUAUCUUCCUGUUCCGGCGGUUGAAGGACAUCACAGACUGGAAAAAGGGAGAGUACCAGCCCUUGAGUGACCCAAACCGUGAGGUACCAGAAACGUACGUGGUCCAGCGGUACAUAGAAAACCCGUAUCUAAUUGGUGGAAGGAAAUUCGAUGUUCGAGUCUACGUUUUAGUAGUUUCAUAUAAUCCACUGAAAGUUUGGUUGUACAGGAGUGGAUUUGCUAGGUUCUCCAACACCAGAUUUUCUCUGGAUUCCAUUGAAGAUACAUAUGUUCAUUUGACAAAUGUUGCCGUCCAGAAAAAUGCCCCCGAUUACGACCCUGACAAGGGAUGUAAAUGGUCCACCCAACAAUUACGGAAGUACCUCGCCGCCAAGCACGGCGUGGAGGCCGUCAAAAAAGCAUUUAAAGGGAUUGACAACAUCAUCAUCAAAUCAUUACAAAGUGUUCAAAAAAUCAUCAUUAACGAUAAACAUUGUUUCGAGAUGUAUGGUUAUGAUGUUUUGUUUGAUUCUGAUCUUAAACCGUGGUUAAUAGAAAUAAAUGCCUCACCCUCGCUCACAGCCAGUGGAAAAGAAGAUUAUGACCUUAAAUUUGGACUCUUAAAUGACCUUCUAAAUGUUCUUGAUCUUGAGAACCGACUGACAGGUAAAGAAAAGCGGAUAGGGGGCUGGGACUUGUUGUGGGAGGAUGGACCCAUUUUGGCCGACGACGGAAACAUGGAGUGUACUCCAAACGGGACAACAGCGUCCAUUCCCAACUCAUUUCUAGGUUGCCAUAAUGAUAGAAAGAGACAGCUGAGGGAAUUGUACACGGCUGCCCAGUCCAUUAAGAAGUCGUGACACGAUAAAUAACAGCUACUGCUAAAUAUAAAAUAUACCCAGGGACUGUCCUGUGAUUUUAUAUACAAGACUAAAUGUGUGAAACAUUUCAGCUUUCACUUGUCCAGUAAGGAUUGCCUACGUUUAAAAUUCAUGAAGGCUUGCUCAGUUUGAUGGAACACCCCUCCCAAAAGAUUGAAAUCUUAAAAAUAAAAAUAAAAACCUGCAAUAUUUUACCAUAACUGAAAUUAAAAGCAAUAAGUGCAUAUAUUGUGCCUUCUUGAAACUGCGUUAAC